AUGCUGGACGAACGCGUGGACAGCUCUAGCCCCGCUGUCACAGCAAUCUUGGAAUAUCUCUUUUCCAAACGCCGCAUCGCCUUCCUGCCAAUCUGUGAGCCCGUUCCACCAGGGGGGUUGGGAUUGUUUGAGAGCAAAAUUGGCGGACUUCCUUACCUCCUACCAUCAGAGUCAUGGCCGUGCAACGAUGACGCGAGUUUGACCCACUUGUGGCAGCUUCGUGUGAGCGAGCUCCCAGCCGCCGUGCAGCACGCCCUGGGGUACAGCCGGGGUCUCAUGCAGGUCUUUCUUACCGAUAGCAUAUAUGCGGAGGAUGGGACAUGGUACCUGGUUCGAGUGCUGGACGAGGGGCAGCUCGUAUACCGGGACGCGUCUGAGAUCGUGGCCCCGCCCCACGUGGACGUCUUGGCCGAGCGGCGCAUCACGUCCUACCGUUUUACGUACGACUUCCCGCACGUGGAUGAUGCGUUUGAGAGCAUGCCGCAGGGUUUGGACCGGGAUCUAGCUAUGGACGUCCUGGAUGUCCUGCAGGAUCGCAAGCUGUACGACACGGUUGAGGGCAACAAGCUGCUGGGCUGGCCUCGCUGGUUCCAGGGUGCCGAGUGGCGGCUGACGGAAGGGGGAGAGGCCUACAUGCAGCUGGUGCAGAUUGAGGACUCGGUGGUGCCCUUCCAAGUUGGCCCACAAGGCACCUUGCUGCUGCAGCGGCACCCCACAGACCGCCACCGGUCAACAGAGGACCGCAGUCGCUGA